AUGCAGGUAGCGAAGAAAUCCGGGAUCGGAAUGGACGGCGGCAUCGCUUCCGUUAACAGCGACACGCCGGAUGCCGUGAAGCUGGUCGGCCCGAGCGAGACGGUGCGACAGCUGGUGGCUUGUAACCCAGUCGUGGUGUUCAGCAUGAGCGGGUGUUGCAUGUGCACUGUAGCCAAGCGGCUCCUCUUCAUCCUCGGCGUCGGCCCCGUCAUCAUCGAGCUCGACAAGCACUCCGCAGGCCCGGACGUUCAGGCCGUGCUCCAAGAGCUCUGCUCCGACGGCCAGAAGCCGGUCCCGGCGGUCUUCGUCGGCGGCAAGUUCUUGGGCGGCGUCGAAACUCUCGUGACAUGCCACAUCAAGGGCUCCCUCGUGCCUCUCCUCAAAGACGCUGGAGGUCUCUGGCUCUGA